CACCAGCGAGAUCACAACACAAACUCGGUCAGCACGACGCCGCACCCCAUAGGUAGAGGGACAAAAGAUUAGAAGAUGAGUAGAGCAGGGAGCAGUGGAGGUGGCCGGAGCUCUCUAGGCUACCUCUUUGAGCCAGAUGAGAAAACCACCCCUAUUCACACCGAGAAGGCCCAAGAAAACAGCGGUACCCAGGACGGCAAGAUCGCCGUUGAUGAAGCAGAUCAAGAACCAUCUCCUCCGAAGAGAGAAGACUCGAGACGGAUAGGAUCUCACAGGCCAGAAGACUCGAACCCGAUAGUAUCUCACAUGCCUGCUUCCAACAUCUACCACACUAACCAGUCAGGCAACAACUCCGGGCUCCUCAUCACCGAUCGGCCGUCGACGAGGGUCCGGUGUGCACCCGGGGGGCCGUCGUCGCUGGGAUUUCUCUUCGGAGAAGAACGUAACUGAUGACAGACUUUCAUCAAGACAUCACCAGUACGGAGAGAGCUGACGUAAUUUAUGUACGGUGGCGCGAGUUGGCAUAUGCCUGCUUUGCUGGCUCGGUGUAUGGAUGCUUAUCUAUCUUUAUUUGGUCGUACGUGUCAGUGCUACAUGCGCAUAUAUAUAUAUACAGACAUUUGAGGCGAUGUUUGUUGUAAGUUGUUGUAUCCGGAGCUUAAGUUAUAUGGGGAUUAAUUUGAUUGGACGUUCAAAUAUGCUAUUGCGUGUAAAUUCGUGUGCUUGAUUUCAUUUAUACCAUGUGGUUGGAUUUUACGACGGAA